AUGCGCGGUCCGCUGUGACGUCGCCGCGGUGCAUGACGGGAGUCGUAGUCUACCGCUGCUUCCUGUUCUCUGACCGCGGCAGUGAGCUCAGGUCAGUUUCGUGUUUGGAAACGAGAAAAAACUUAAUAAGCAACAGCCUAUGUCUGUGUUCGAGUCGUCUAGCGCCUUCAGCAGGCCCGUCACUGCAGUGGCCUGGGCGUCAAACGCCACCACCUGCCCCGCUCAAUUCAUCCUGAUCACUCAGACUGAAGAUGGAGCGUCCGCUAACUUCAUCCGAGGGUUUGCCAUGAAGUCAGGAUACUAUCUGUGUUACAGUAAGGAUCUGUCUGGAGGGAUGGUUGUGGCAGAUGUGCAGGUGAUUACGGAUAAAGAGACGAUUCCUCACGGUUACUGCUACAUCCCAGAAUUCCUGGAGCCCAAGACAUCUGUCGGGAAGAAGAAGCGCAUCUGUGUGCGGAUCGUUCCUGUGGGCAGCGUUACGACGGCUGUUCUAGACCUCAAACUGACAGCCAAGAAUAAGACCAUGGUGCAGCAGUACACCUGCCUGGGGGACAUGAAUGGCUUCGUGGUGUGGUGUUUAAAGGGCCAGUUCCCCACUCCAACUCCUCAGGCCAAGCCGCGCAGUGUCAGUCUGGACAUGCGCAGUCUCUCGCUGGAUGGAACCGGACCCCCGCAGCCUCUAAAGCCCAGCAACCCUCCUGAAGCCCCACCGAAGGUCAGCCGUCGGCGCAGUAAGCUGGACACAAACAACCCGAUGGAAGCUGUGUAUGAAAGCGCUAACCACAGCAGCAUCUACGGUAUCACAGCGAUGGAUGGAGUUCCUUUCUCUCUACAUCCCAAGUUUGAGUCUCAGUCAAACUCAAAGGUGUCUGUGAGCACGCUGGGAGACAUCCGUAUCAAAUCAGUGCAGGACAUUGAGAACGAGUAUAACUACACGUUUGCUGUGGAGGAGCAGGCAGCGAGGAGACUCUGUCCAUCAGUGAACGGCUGAAACCAUCCUCUCGUCUGAUCAGCUCUCAGGCUCUGGUCCAUGAAGUCACACAGUUAUUUCUGCUUUAUGAUGAUGCUAUAACUCACACUACAGGUUUUGCAGGGCUGGUUCUGGUUGGGCUCAUUCUCCCUAUUCUUCUCUGGGUUGGGUGAACAUGAAGGAUUUUCUGCAUCCAAACACAUUAUGUGCGUGUGUUUCUGUGCAACACUAUCAGGCGAAUCAAAGGGCUUGACAGAGUGCCUUUCCACAGAGAUGUGUACAUGUCAUUUCAUAAGGCCACAAUAUUUUUUAUAUCUUAUUUUGGGAUUUUGAGCUGCAGUUUAGUAUUUAAAAUCUGUGGUUACACUAAUAUUCGUUAUUUAUCGUAUGAAAACUGUAAGUUUCAGAUCCUUGGGGACCAAAAAACAAUGUUUUUUUCCGGUAUUCUCUGAAUUGCUCUUUUAUCUGUUUAAAUCUUUGUGAUAUCAUACUGCGCUCGGUGUUCUGUGAGUUACUCUUUUGUACUUGCUUCGUUAAAAUCUGUAUUUUUGUUUAUUUUAAUAAAGAUGAUCAGAUCUAGA